ACGACCACGUGUGCAGCCGAUAUUUUGUUAAAUACACAAAAGCACAUCUUUUAAAACUGUUCGUUGUAUCAAAUGAUUAAAAGAUGAAUUUAGAUUUCCCGAAAGAACAGAACACACAGCAAACACAGCCAGAGCAAUACAUCGCAAAAUUGGCCCACCACAAAUAGAAACUGUUGAGGAAAUACGUUAACAAGUACAUUUUAAGUAUAAAUUGGGAUUUGGCAGAAAAAGGUGGUAGCGCAAUUGAAACCGGUUGUCUGGUAGAAGAGUUAUGAACCUGUAUUCACUGAGAUAUUAACCGUUGUUAAGGUUUAAAGAAGACAUAUUAAAGCAAUAUGGCGUCCACUCACCUCCCGAGCAGCCUAGGUGUGCCUACCUCACAGUAUAGAAUACAAUGCAAUGCAGGCUCUAUUCUGAUUGGGGAUCGAGAAUUUUUGUCAGCGACGGAUGCAUUAGAGGCCUAUCUGAGUCAGUACGAGACCCAAGGCUUCUUAAACAACCAGCCAACUUACAAAAGGACUGUAAAUGAUCUGUUAAAUCCGAAAUCAGCCCUGCACAUGACAGCAGAGAGAUCCUUGGAGACUGGUAUUCGGGCAACAGAUACAGAGCUAAGACUGGCUGACCAGAAAGAUAGUAUAAAUGAGUCACUUCUCAAUAUGAAGAAAUCUGUGUCACUGAAAGCAGAAGCCAAGAAAAAUUAUUACCGUAAACAGAGAGCUCGGGUUGAGGAGGCACUAAAUAAAUCACAGGAGCUGAUACGUCAGAUCAACACAGAUGAUUUUCCCAGUAAUACCAAUGUUCCCAGUGAUGUUGGUAGCCUGGCUACAGAUGUAUUGGUAUCUAUGGACCCAGUUGAGGGCUACCAGGGAGCAGGUGAUCCGGGAACCAGCACCCUGCCAGCAUGGAAGAGCAAGCACGUGUUCGGUUACAAGCGUCCGAGGAAUCGAAGAUCAAAGACACUGAGCAGUAUCCAGAUUGCCCAUGAUAUGAUGGGGUUGACAGCUGACCAGCCACAACACAGCUUCACUGCUCAACCUAAUGAGAAAGCCCCUCAGCAUGUGACAUUCCAGGAUGCAGAUGUACCAGUCAGUCCUAUAAAAGGAGAGGUUGGUAAAUAUGAUGAUGAUGUCUCACUCCUUCUGGGAGAGUCUCCCAAUACAUCCCGUCUGUCUAGGUCACCGGCAAAGACGCUUCGGGAAAGAAGUAGAUCUGUGUCGCCAUCCAUCUUGAAGAGAGAAAGAAAAAUGUUUGAGUCUGGACUAAGGGAUAAACCUAUACCAGAUUUUUAUACAGACUUCAAUACGUCUAUCCCAAAAGCUCCUAGCUGGGUAGAUACAAUGAAUAUGUCAGAUAUUUCUGAAUCGGACUGGAAGAAACGUGAUUUUACUGUUUCUAAACCUCCGCCCAGCUGGGUGAAUGAUAUAGACAAUUCCGAUAUUACCAGUGUUAUAUCUGCAGCUAAACCCGGUAAAAAGCUAGAAUUCCAUGAUUUGUUACGUCCUCUACCUGUGAUUAAUACUCAAAACAGUUCCAGUAAUACGGAUGCCAAUGAUACUCUCCCCCCACCCGGUCUUACAUAUAAGGACCUAGUAGGGGACACCUCAAAAGUGAAAAGUGGGAAUACUCAAAAUCAGGGAAGGUCAGGAUCACCGACUCUAUCUGAUAAACUUCACCAUUUAAAAUCUAAGACUGAUGCUGCCAUGCAGCGCUACCAUCAACGUAUGCAGUCUGAUAUUAAUAUAGACUCUCCAUCCAAGGGAAGUAACCCAUACACUAGAGAUGAUGUUCCACGAUGCUCGAGUUUAGACACGGCAGCAUUAUUAGCUGGAAUACCACCGCCUGGGAAAAGUGAUAUAACUGGAGCUUCUCCAAUAAUGCCUGGAGAUAAUGACAGCACUGUAACAGGAGCUGGAAGCCCGGGAAAACCCCGCCGAGCCCCAUCACCUGACACUGAUAUUGUAUUAGAGGGAGACAGACCAUGGGAGAAAAUGGUGCCAUUCAAAGCUCCAGUUACUGUAGCAAAGAACAGUAAAGGUUCCAUAAAUGACCAGCAAAAUUACUCCGGUGGGUCUCAGCCUGGUAGUUUGGAAGCAUUAAAGAACAUGAUAUUUAAGUUACAGCAGGAAGCAGUACAUACUGACAGUGAGGAUGAAGGUUCCAGAUCCAAACUAUCAGAAAGGGUACACAAGUUGCGAGCUGAAGCUGCUAGUUUAGGUAUCCAGGUACCAGCAGACAGAGUGGACAACAAGACAGGCAAAGUUCCAGGAGAUAUACCUUCACUUAAAGGAUAUGAUUUCCAGGGAGAGCCUGGGGGACAGUCUCUAGAAAAGGCUCUUGUACACCUAGAUCGCCUCAAAACGAUGGUAAAUGCACAAGGUGAUGGUCAGUCUGGAGCUGCUGGGGUUACUCCCCUUUGUUCACACAUGGAAGACCAGAAAUAAACUGCAUGAUUUAGGAACACUAUAUCUGUGAUAUGAAGACAUAAUAGGAGGGUGUUUUGUUAGAGCCAU